CAAACGCGUAGUAGAAAUCUUUUAAACUGUGGGUUGGAGCAACGGCGUGAACGCGGGCGCCUCACGGCUAGUAACUGGGAGUCAUCUGUUGCACGACCACUUUGAAGUGAUCAGUAUUUGACUCAAAUGAGCCACUGCACUGUAAUUUAGGCACCAAGGCAAACUUCAUUAUUUGAAAACAUGGUGCAAAACAAGACAUCAGAAGUCACCGGAUUUCAUCGCUCCUUCAAGGGUCAAAACCCUUACAACACGGAAUCAGAUUCCCAUCUUGAGUUGUCCUUGAAGUUGGACUGCUCCUCAAGACAUGACAAGCCAUCCAGCCAGCCCAUUGACAUCCCUGAUGCCAAGAAGAGAAACAAGAAGAAGAAGAAAAGAUGCAGAGCCACAGACAGUUUCUCUGGACGCUUUGAAGAUGUUUAUAAACUUCAAGAUGAUGUUCUUGGAGAAGGGGCUUAUGCUGUUGUACAGACCUGCAUCAAUCUGAUCACCAAUAAAGAAUAUGCAGUUAAGAUCAUUGAGAAGAGGCCAGGGCACAGUCGGAGCCGUGUCUUCAGGGAGGUGGAAAUGCUCUACCAGUGCCAGGGCCACAGAAACAUUUUGGAACUGGUGGAAUACUUUGAGGAAGAGGACAAAUUUUAUUUGGUCUUUGAGAAACUGAGAGGCGGUUCUAUCUUGACUCACAUACACCGAAGGCAACACUUUAAUGAGCAGGAGGCCAGCAUAGUGGUGCAGGACAUUGCCAGUGCUCUGGACUUCCUACACAACAAAGGGAUGGCACAUCGAGACCUUAAGCCAGAGAACAUCCUCUGUGAACACAGUGACAGGAUUUCUCCAGUGAAGAUCUGUGAUUUUGACCUGGGUAGUGGGAUCAAGUUGAACAGCGACAGCUCUCCCAUUUCCACACCUGAUCUCUUGACUCCGUGUGGUUCCGCUGAAUACAUGGCCCCUGAGGUGGUGGAGGCCUUUAAUGAAGAAGCUAGCAUUUAUGACAAGCGCUGUGACUUGUGGAGCCUUGGCGUUAUCCUUUACAUCAUGCUGAGUGGAUACCCGCCCUUUGUGGGUCACUGUGGAACAGACUGUGGUUGGGAUUGGGGAGAGCCCUGCCAAGCCUGCCAGAGUAUGCUGUUUGAGAGUAUUCAGGAAGGGAAGUAUGAGUUUCCUGAGAAGGACUGGGCACGUAUCUCCCCUGCAGCCAAAGACCUUAUCUCCAAGCUGUUGGUGCGGGACGCCAAAGACCGCCUAAGUGCAGCCCAAGUGCUGUGGCACCCAUGGGUGAAGGGGUGUGCACCCAACACUGUAUCAGCAUCCAUUCUACAUCAGAGGGGUGGUCGCGCUCAGGACCUGACGUUCUUCGCAGGACAGGCCAUAGCCAUGAACCGGCAGCUGACUGAGAGGGAGGAGAGUGAGCAGCAGCUCAAGCAGGAGCUCUCCUUCCCCCUUCUCCUCUCCAGCAGCUCUGGCUCCAUGCUGCUCUCUCCUACCUCCAGGUCCAAGCUGGCCUGCCGCAGGAAGGCUGCAGGAAGUCUGCACACAGGGCCGGUGUGUGCUGCUGAACUCCACCAGCUCCUCGCCCCUCUUGUUAUUGUGGGCGAUUGUGCCUAAACUUUACCAUGUUCUUCGGCCUCAGAUUUCCUCCAACCGCCUCUGUUGGAAUCUUCAACUAGACAGUGCAUUAACCUCCAACCUUUCUUCCCACUUCAUCUGUAGAUACAUAAUCUCCUGUGGGAGGAAUGUUUUUUUUUUAGCACUUAAAGCACAAAAACCUGAAGUUCCCAUGCAAAUGUAGUUUAGAUUGGAUAAAGGCUGGAAAAGAUGCUGCAAACCCCCCCCCCCGUUGAGCUGCUUUCAAUAAUCUAAAGCUGGGUCCCACUCAAGCCAUUUAAUAUUUUUCAAAACAUCAGGAAAAAGCACUUAUGCAAUCUUCUACAAAUGUCUACUGAUGACUGACUAAUUGACCUAAAACUGUUGCUGGGACUUAAACCGAGGCAACCCGAUUUAUUAUUAGAGUUAUGCAGGGCUGAAAUAUCUGCCAUUUUGUGUGGGGUUUAUUUUUGUCCUGAAUUUUCAGACCUCAUUUACCAAUCUUGCCCUAACUCCAUUAUGCGUUCCUGUAAAAACACCUGUUUUCUGCCAAGAAAAUCUCAGCAGUGUCUUUGCUGUGUUUUUGGCAGAAACCCCAGGAUCUCUCAGAAUAAGGAACCAAAGCAGAUAUAUAUAUAUAUUUAAGCGGAUUAGGGUACAAAAUACUCUUGUCACAUUAUUGGAGUUGCAGUUUUGUAUUCAAUUGGAGGGUUAAGUCUUUAUAAGAGGGAAUUGAGCAGGUCAGCACAACUUCUGGACAAAGUCUCUCAGGAAAACAGGAAUUAUUACAUUUCUACUCCUACCAUGUAGAGGUUUUAAGGAACUGAAAUAGGUGAAUUUUCUGGACUCUGCCACAACUUGUAGAGGAAAUUUGAGGAAAACAAAUAUUCAACUUAUUUUCACCAUUUAUUCAGUUAGUCAUUGAACAUUUCAUGAACACACAAAUAACUUGAGUGUGCUCUUGUCAAUGAUUUAAUUCACUGAUUGAAUAAAGGUGAUUUAUUGCAUGGAAAAGACCCUUAAGUGCUCUGUUAGUCUUUUUUCUUUUUUUUUUUUUUGGUUUUGGACAUACUCCUAAGAAAAAGUUCAAAUGUAAUGAGACUUUAAAUCUUGAAGCUCAAAUACACAGGCAACCUCCAGACACCGAUGUGCCAUGCUGCUGUAUUAUCUUGCCCCCCCCCCCCCUUAUUUUUUUGAAGUCCCCUUUAAUUUUUGGUCCUCAGAGAGUGCAGAUACAUUGACCAAGAUCUUAGUUUAUCCUAAAAUGUAAUUUUGUUACUUUUUGUUCCAUACACUUUCUUUUUGUGACAUCUAGACAAAACUUUGGUUUUCUGAGUGGGCUGAUUAACCCAGUGUCAUAAGCAAAUAUGCUGAUAUACCGGCAACAAAACCAAAUUGCCUGUUAUUACUGCAGGACUUUUUUAAUUAAUUUUUUUAUAUAAAUUCAUGUUUGUUAGUCAUCUGUCUUACAGUAAGACUUUCUUGUGACUCCUAUAUAGUUGAUUCCUUUUUUUUUUUUUUUUAACUACCUAGGGAAAAGGACCAUUUUUAAUUGUCUUUUUGAAAGACCCUUUUUAUUUGUGUUUCUGCAAUGUAAUUUUAUAGAAUGUUCUGAACCCCCUCAUAUACUACAUGAAAAGACUUGAUCUACACUCUUUAGGGACCAGUGUGUAGUUUUCGUGUCUGUCUUGUAUGUUCUUGUGGUUGUACCAUUUAUAUUUUUUACUUGACCCAGGGGGGCUAAAAUAAAGAACAUUGAAACUUAUUCUACUAAAGUGGUUACAUUUUCUUAAUUCAUAAAUAACUAGCUCAGGGCCUAAUAUUUUAAAUAGAAAAUUGCAUCACAAAGUUGUUUAUCAUUAAAUUGUGUACUAGAGGGUAGGGAGGGAGGAUCUGCCUCUGUCUGCACCGAUGCUUUAAUAAUCACCUAUUCCAGUUUCAAGCAAAAUGAAGAACGUGGAUCUCAGUUGUUGCAUUUAUUCAUGUUUCAACUGCA